UCGGGUGGGGCGCCGCUGGGUCAGCUGAACGACAGUCACGGGACAGCGACCAGCUCCGUCUGGCUUCCUGGAGAAGGAGGGAUGAGCGGGGGUCUCCGAGUGCGGCAGCCCAGCGGUGGGGCCCGUAGUGGGGACGGCGUUGUCAUGAAGGGUUCCCGGGACGGUGGGGACAUGGAAAAGGAGAAGGAGCGGGAGGCUCUGCAGGCCUGGAAGGAGCGCGUGGGGCAGGAGCUGGACCGCGUGGUGGCUUUCUGGGUGGAGCACUCCCACGACCAGGAGCAUGGGGGGUUCUUCACGUGCCUUGGCCGAGACGGGCAGGUGUAUGAUGACCUCAAGUAUGUGUGGCUGCAGGGGAGGCAGGUGUGGAUGUAUUGUCGCCUGUACCGCAAACUCGAGCGCUUCCGCAGCCCCGAACUUCUGGACGCGGCAAAAGCAGGUGGCGAAUUUUUGCUGCGUUAUGCCCGAGUGGCACCUCCUGGAAAGAAGUGUGCCUUUGUGCUGACGCGGGACGGCCGCCCGGUCAAGGUGCAGCGAACCAUCUUCAGCGAGUGUUUCUACACCAUGGCCAUGAACGAGCUGUGGAGGGUGACGGGGGAAGCGCGUUACCAGAGCGAAGCAGUGGAGAUGAUGGAGCAGAUCGUGUACUGGGUCCGGGAGGACCCAUCGGGGCUGGGCCGGCCCCGGCUCCCCGGGGCCCCGGCCUCCGAGUCCAUGGCGGUGCCCAUGAUGCUGCUCAACCUCGUGGACCAGCUGGGGGAGGCGGACGAGGAGCUGGCGGGCAACUACGCGGAGCUGGGGGACUGGUGCGCCCAGAGGAUCCUGCAGCAUGUCCAGAGGGAUGGACAGGCUGUGCUGGAGAAUGUGUCAGAGGAUGGUGAGGAACUUUCUGGUUGCCUGGGGCGACAUCAGAACCCAGGCCAUGCGCUGGAGGCCGGCUGGUUCCUGCUCCGUCACGCCACCAGGAAGGGCGAUCCCGAACUUCGAGCCCACGUUAUCGACAAGUUCCUGCUGUUGCCUUUCCGCUCUGGGUGGGACGCUGACCACGGAGGCCUCUUCUACUUCCAGGAUGCAGACGGCCUCUGCCCCACCCAGCUGGAGUGGGCCAUGAAGCUCUGGUGGCCCCACAGCGAAGCCAUGAUUGCCUUCCUCAUGGGCUACGGUGACAGCGGGGACCCUGCCUUACUGCACCUCUUCCGCCAGGUGGCCGACUACACCUUCCGCCAGUUUCGCGAUCCUGAGUACGGUGAAUGGUUUGGCUACCUGAACCGAGAGGGGAAGGUCGCUCUCACCAUCAAGGGGGGUCCUUUCAAAGGCUGCUUUCACGUGCCGAGGUGCCUCGCCAUGUGCGAGGAGAUGCUGGACGCCCUGCUGAGCCGCCUCGCCCUGGCCCCGAGCCCCGGCACGCAGUGCACUCCCGCCGCCCCCAGCCCCGAAGGCGCGAAAUAAAACCGAGCGUGCUCCA